AUGAGGUUCACCACCGGUUUACUCGCUACUGCCGCCCUAGGACUUCCAGCCCUCGGCCUCGCUGGCGGAAAGGGCGGAAAGGGCGGCCACGGCGGCCAGUGCAGCAAGCCUCUCGUCAGCUCCAAGAAGCUCCAGCAGCACAUCAAGCUCAAGGACCUCCUUGCCGGCUCGCAGAAGCUCCAGGAUUUCGCCGACGCCAACGGAGGCAACCGUGUCUUCGGCAGCGGCGGUCACAAUGCCACCGUCGACUAUAUCUACGACACCCUCAACUCCCUCAACUACUACAAUGUCGUCAAGCAGCCCUUUAACGAGAUUUUCUUCGACGGAGAUGCAACCAUCUCCGUCGAUGGUAAGGAGCUUAACAGCACCAUCAUGACCUACAGUCCCGCUGGAACCGUUAGCGCGAAGCUCGUCCUUGCCACGGGUCUCGGAUGUGAGGCUAGCGAGUUCCCUGCUGAGGUCGAGGGCAACAUCGCUCUCGUCUCUCGAGGAACUUGUACUUUUGGCGCGAAGGCCACCAACGCCAAGACAGCUGGCGCGGCGGGUCUUAUUGUGUACAAUAAUGUCGAGGGCACGCUCAGCGGCACGCUUGGUGACGCCUUUGGCGAGUAUGCGCCCGUCGUGGGCGUUAGCCAGGCUGACGGCGAAGCGCUCGUUGCUGCGGUCGGAGCUGGUGAGGUGACGGUUGACUUUAAGGUCGAGGCGACUGUUGAGGACCGCGUCAACUUCAAUGUUAUUGCUGAGACCAAGGGAGGUGACCACAACAACGUGCUCGUCCUCGGAGGUCACUCCGACUCUGUUGCCGCGGGUCCUGGUGUCAAUGAUGACGGAUCCGGCUCCAUUGGCAUUUUGAACGUCGCUAUUGCUCUCUCCAAGUUUAGCGUCAAGAAUGCCAUCCGAUUCGCCUGGUGGGGAGCCGAGGAAUACGGCAAGCUCGGAUCGUACUACUACAUCAAGCAGCUUAACACCUCCUCAACCGAGCUCGCCAAGAUCAGGGCCUAUCUCAACUUUGACAUGAUCGCCAGCCCCAACUACAUCUACGGCAUCUACGACGGCAACGGCGACGCCUUCAAUCUCACCGGCCCCGCCGGCUCCGACGUCAUCGAGAAGGACUUCGAGGACUUCUACGACCACAACCGCGUCGGCCACGUUCCCACCGAGUUCAGCGGCCGAUCCGACUACGCCGCUUUCAUCGAGAACGGCAUCCCCUCCGGCGGUCUCUUCACCGGUGCCGAGGGUCUCAAGACCGAGGCCGAGGCUAAGCUCUUCGGUGGCGAGGUGGGCGUCGCGUACGAUGUCAACUACCACCAGAAGGGCGACGACAUCAACAACUUGGCCCACGACGCGUAUCUGCUCAACACGAAGAGCAUCGCUAACUCCGUUGCCAAGUACGCGCUUAGCUUCGACUCGCUUCCGGCUGUGAACAAGGCGAAGAGGGGCUGGAGCGAGGAGAGGACGAAGUUUGUGAAGAGGGAGGAUGGUGCUGGUCAUGGACAUUAUGCGCAUGAUCACGUUGGACCUUGCGGCGGUGGUGCUGCCAUUUAA